GAGAAAUCGUCGUCGACGCACGUCGUGUUCGCGGUUGUUCAGUGAGGUAAAUAGCGGUUUUGUCGUUGGUUUAAGGGGCUACGGCCGUGGCGUUCGACCGCUAGGCCGCUUCCGUUGAGGUCCUUUCUGUUAGAACAGUGCGGUGUGGUGGAUUUUGUGGAGAAAUAGCGAAAUUUCCACCCGAAUUCGCAGGUGAGCUGCCAAAGUUCGAGUUCCAACCAUGGUCCGUAUCAGCGUGCUGGCCGAUGCCCUCAAGUGCAUCAACAACGCGGAGAAGCGCGGCAAGCGCCAGGUCCUCAUCCGGCCGAACUCGAAGGUCGUGAUCAAGUUCCUGACCGUCAUGAUGAAGCACGGCUACAUCGGCGAGUUCGAGAUCGUGGACGAUCAUCGCAGCGGCAAGGUGGUGGUCAAUCUGACCGGUCGCCUCAACAAGGCCGGCAUCAUCUCGCCCCGGUUCGACGUCGCCCUCAACGAUAUCGAGCGGUGGACCAACAACCUGCUGCCCUCCCGUCAGUUUGGCUACGUCGUCCUGACUACCAGCGGUGGCAUCAUGGAUCACGAGGAGGCCAGGAGGAAGCAUCUGGGAGGAAAGAUUCUGGGCUACUUCUUCUAGAGUAGACCAGCAACAGCAACUCCCCCUUACCCAGAAACAGCGCUUCAUAUGCAAAAAAAAGAACACAUACACACACACAACAGAGACAGAGACAUGAGAAACUGUGCGGUGGGUGGAGAGAGCUUGCGUUGCGCGUGCCUAAAACCCGCUGGCUUCCACUUUACACUCCGGGUGUCGAGGAACUUAUUUUAAGAAGUGCAAAAGUGGCUGAACGGCGCGCUGUGACUACUGACGUUGCGCGUCAACAGCGGUGAGAAAGGUGGAGCGUUUGUUAACACAAAAGCUGGCAAAUAUAGAGAAAAGCGCAUGUACCUACCACAA